GUCGCACCAUGGAUCCAGUCACGGCCAUCGGCAUCGUUUCCGCGGCUCUAUCCUUCGUCACAUUCAGCACCAGCCUAGUCAAGGGCGCAAUCCAAAUCCACGGUGCGCUCCGCUCCGACGAAGCAGGGAGCCAUAGCCGGGAGUUUGUCAUCGCCCAAGUGCAGCGAUUCGCCUCCCGUCUGCGCAACCACCUAUCAGCGCCAGAAACGGUUGUCCUUGAGGACCGCGACCUGCUCUACUUAGCCUUCGAAUGCCGCGCCGUAUCGGAUUAAGUAGUUCACCUUCUAGAGCGGCUUAAGCCUGAGGACCCCAGUUCCAGGGUUCAAACCAUUCGGGCGGCCGUCAGGACCAAAAUCCACGAGGACAGCAUCAAUGAUCUCGAGGCGAGGCUAGACGCAUGUCGCAGCCAGCUGCACCUAGAGCCGACCCAUCACAUGGGCCGCCGGACCGAAGCCCUGCUGGGCACUCUGGCCAAUGCAUCUGCCAAGGACGCCGCAAUGUUCCAGCAGUUACAAGCUGGCCUAGACCAACUACGCCAGGGUCUCCAUGUUACCUCCGUUGACCAGAGAGUCUUGGGCGAUUUUCAGCGGCUGCUAGGCCUGCACGAAGAUGUGCGGGCUCUAUCAUUCAGAGACAUGAGACAGCGUUAUGAUGCGGUCACGAUCCACAUGCCGAAACCUUUCACUGGAUUGUGAGAGAGGGGUCCAACUCUGAAAAAUUUGACCAAGAAGAGAGACAUAUGCGUGCCAUGGCC